AUGACUCGUUCCAUGAUCCAAAGUGAGAGUGCCUGGGAUUCCGCGGUCUUGUUUAUCGAAGAGGUGAUGUUGGCUAAAGAGGCGGCGGAACGGAACGGAAGAGUAAAAGCACUCUCCCAUUCCGCAGAGUAUCACUCACAUCCUGGAUUUGGUUGUUGGUUAUCAGGAGUAGAUAUAAAUACUCAACAGUCUUUUGAAGCCUUAUCAGAGAGAGCAGUUGCUGUUGUGGUAGACCCCAUCCAAUCAGUGAAAGGAAAAGUAGUCAUUGAUGCAUUCCGCCUCAUUAACCCUAAUAUGAUGGUUCUUGGUCAGGAGCCUAGGCAGACCACAUCGAAUUUGGGCCACCUUCAAAAACCAUCAGUGCAAGCUCUCAUUCACGGACUUAAUCGCCACUAUUACUCUAUCAGCAUAAACUACAGGAAGAAUGAAUUGGAGCAGAAAAUGCUGUUAAAUCUCCACAAAAAGUCCUGGAUGGAUGGCCUAACCCUUUCAGACUACAAGGAGCACUGUUCUAUCAAUGAAACUACAGUCACAGAUAUGUUGGACUUAGCUAAAAAUUACAAUAAGGCAUUAGAAGAUGAGGAGAAAAUGACCCCUGAACAACUAGCUAUUAAGAAUGUAGGCAAACAGGACCCCAAGAGGCAUUUAGAGGAGAAAGUUGAUGUCCUGAUGUCAAACAAUAUAGUACAGUGUUUGGGAGCAAUGCUUGACACAAUGGUGUUUAAAUGA